GUUUUCACCGCUGUGUCAUCGACGGAGGCGUGUGGGCGGGUGUCAUCCGCACACCAACUUUGAUUUGACAAACAAAUACAAAUUUCCAUCGCCGUCUAGUCGUGAAAAAGGAGGGGAAAAACCUCCAAAGUCAUGCGACGUAAUGAAAAAAAAAAAAACGCCGCCGGAACUGCCAAGGCCGGCGUGAAUCGUGAGCCAGUCUCUCUCUCUCUCGGGGGUCAUUGAACGUCAGCCAGCAAAAGCGUAAACAGGUUGAUACUGCCCCCUUCUAGCUGAUGGGCUAAAUGUAAAAAUAGGAACGGACGAACAGCGGAAGAAGUUUUUUAGCGCGUGAGAGAGAAGAAGAAGAAGAAGAAACAAAAUGAAGGUCGUAAAUUAUCCAGCCGGACGGACAUCCCUCGAGAAAAACCAACAGGUUUCCAAACGAUGUCAAUGCGUGUGGUGGUACCAUACACUUAACCCAGAAAAAAUGGGCGGACGAAAACAUCUGACUACACCACACCAAAAAAAUUGGACUUUGAUGAAUGAGCCGAGUCCGGAACGAAUAGUAAAAUUUUGAUACUCCAACCAACAUAUCAAUCGGAUGUCCCGCUGUUGAGAUUGAGGGCUGGCAAGAAAAGUUUACGCAGUAAUGGGUCGCGGUGGCAACCCGCUAUGUAAAUACGCCGUAAAGGGUUUGGGCGCUAUAACAACUUAACCAGGCAAGGUGUCCGUCUUUCAAGGUAAAAAUUGAACUACGACCUUAAGAAAAAGUUAACUCUUUGUGCAAACAAAUUCGCUCCAUCACCUUGUAGUUGGUCAAUCAUUUCCGUGCAUGACGACACCAACAUUUCUCGCAGAUCAGACGCGAAUCGAAUGGACCGAGAUCAUCAAUCUUAUUCCGUAGUUGAAUAUUACAGCGCUCACGUUAUGGCGGCAAUUAAAUUUUUUUGAAAAAAAGAAGAAGACUGGAACCACCGAGAAAUGGACGCAGCAGAAGGGAACGGCGGGUUGCCGAGGGGCGAUUGUCCUUGAAUUUAUAUAGCCAAACACUAACGGGAAGGUCUAUGCACACGCACAAGAGAGAGACCAUGUGUGUGUGUGAGCUGGAGAAGAUCCAACCCAAAAAGACAAGGAGGUUCAUCUCCGUAGGGAGGGAAGAGUUGAACGUCUUUUUAAAAGAAAAAACCAGUCGGGUCCGUCGUCUUUCGUCUCAGUCAGCGCCGGCCGUCUGAACGAUACACAACUCCUUCCGAGCGAAAUUUUGUGUUUUUCCAGCAUUCCGUCCGUCACGAGGAAUUCGUACCUUUCCGUCGUGGGAAGUUUGGACCAGCCGACGCGGAUUUCUGUUCUAGUGCGACGCCCGUCGACGAUGGAGUCGCAAAUCAGCGCCCGGCAGACGAUGCUGGAGAAGAUGAAACGGCCGUUCGUCAACAACCGCAGGUUCAACCGCUACUGGAACAGCAUCCAGCUCAAUCUGACCCGCAAUUCCGGAUAUUACGCCUUGGUUUCGUCGCUCAUGUGCCUGUGUCUCAUCGGACUCCGCUCCAACGGCGAAUAUCACGAUCACGACGAAAUAGAUUCCGAGCUGCACUACAGUUUCCACAACUGGGAACCAAAGAAACCGAUGGAAAUUCACCCGCGUGAACGGCGAGCCGUGGAUUCGUCAGAUGGUGAACCAAAGAUAAUCCUUUUCUGGACGAAAUACCACGGAAGCGCCAGUUUCGAUUUCGGAUUGGGUUCAAGACCGUUCGAGACGGCCGGCUGCCGAGUUUCCAACUGCAAAACAACCACCGACAGGUUGUUGCUCAAUGAGUCACACGCCAUCAUUUUCCAUUCGGGAAAUCUCAACAUCUCCGACAUGCCGCCCGUUCGUUUCGAUCACCAGCGCUGGAUCUUUUAUUCCUUUACAUCGCCAGUCAAUUUGGCUCCCAUCCCGAAAUUCUUACAAGACAAAUUCAAUUGGACAAUGACUUACCGCCGAGAUUCAGAUAUUAUUCAUCGCUAUCCAUUCGGAUCUCUGGUGGCCAGUAAAACGAUGCGCAAGAGUUACGGCAAAACGCGUCCGACGGCCAACUCUGUGCAGCGUCGGAUUCCGCACAAGAAGAAGCUCGUCGCCUGGAUUACGUCCACUUGCCCUACGUCGGUGCGGCGGGAAAAUUACGUGCGCCAGUUGGCCAGGCACAUCUCUGUCGACAUUUACGGCGGGUGCGGUCACAAAUACUGCGGCAGUCACGAACAGUGCAUGAAGAUGCUCCGUGAAGAUUACAAGUUCGUGCUGGCCUUUGAGAAUUCCCUGUGCACAGACUACGUCUCGGAGAAAUUGUACACGGCGCUGGAGAAUGGCGUCGUGCCCGUCGUCUACGGUGAGGCCGACUACCGGGCCUACGCCCCCAGCUAUUCCUACGUCAACGCCCGCGAUUUCGGCUCGCCAAAGGAGUUGGCCGAGUACCUGUGGCUCUUGCACCAGAACGACCAUCUGUACCAGAACUAUUUCUCGUGGAAUCAAGACUACAUGGUGGACAGGUUCCCUACCGACGGAUGGUGCAACUUGUGCCAGAUGCUACACCGACCCAUCGAGUCGCAGGCCUAUUCCGACGUCCAGCGAUGGUGGGCCGAGGAAGUCACUUGCACCUCCAAUUAUCACUUCAAUCUCACCGUCAGCAACAAUCUAGAGCCGGUGGCGUCCAAUUCACUCCACUAAUUAAGUGUCGCCGUGAUGUGGUACGUGUGGAAUUAAAUUCAAAAACCUUUUUUUUUUUUUAUUCAAAUUUCAAUCAAAAGAAACGAUGGUGCGCGUCAUCUGCUUGCUUCAGCCCCAUUGUUGUUCCAAUUGAGAAACAACCUUAAUCCCUCCACAUUCGAACAAUUAAUUAUACGAUUACUAGUUUAUGCCGGUUUGAAUUGCCAAUUUGUGUAACAUCCUAAACGCGCUGAAACCGCCAAUCGACGGCCAUUUUUUUGCUUAUUUAUGAGAUAAAAUUGAAUUUGUUGUGUCCUAACAUUUUAAAACGAGAAUCUGGUCGAGAAGAAGAAUAUGUGCUGACUUUGCGCUACAUCGUUUCAUAUUGUGAAAAGGUUUUUUUUAUUUGUCCAUCGCUAUUUUUUCUAUCGAAAAAAUGUUUUUAAGAAUUUGCCUUUCCGGUAGUAGAGUUCCGUUACACUCGAUUUGUAGGGAAAUAAAGAAAAGAUUAAUGUUGGCUGAAAUACGGUGUGUGCUAUACAAGCUGUUCGUUUAUUGUUACGGUAUCAAGUGAAUGUAUAAUUAGUGGCCCUCUGACGUUUGUUGUCAGCUGUUUCUGUCCGUGGGCACAUCCAAUGUGAUGAAGUCUGAUCAAAUAAAUGUUUUCCCACCA